GCAUUAAUUGGACGCUGAAAACUGAAGCGGAGGCUGCUUAUCAAGACACCAGAGCUGUGCCAACAAAGGCCUUAAUAGCCAGAGUGUAGGUCGCUUGGAAGAAACUACUCGAAUUUAGCUUCAUUCUGUUGUCGCACAUGCAGCCGGGAACAUCAUUUUCCUCAAAUAUUGGUCUAUGACUGAGUUAUCGCUGCCAGUCGUCUCAGCACGUGUUGCUUCCUAUCUGUUUCUUUAUCAGCCUGUCAAAACAACAGUUCCAGUUUUACCAUUUCGCUUCUCAGCCAUGUCUCUGGAGUCUGACGAUGAACUGAACUACAAACUACUCACCAGAGACAAAGUAGAGGAUGCUUUGGCUAUACAGGCUCAGACCAUGAAACAGGAAAAUCUGGCAAUAGGUUUGGGGAUGUUUGAAGAAGAUGGAGCUCCAGAAGAGAUGUUGUUAGUCUUCAAGGAAGUCAUCAAAGACGGUACCACGUUGAUAGCUGUUGACAAGAAGACGAACGAAUUAGCAGCUGUGGCGUUCAACAAGCUUCAUGCUAGACCCAAAGAAGGAGUAAAGGAUGAGCUAGAGGUGUUCAUAGAGGAGAACCUGAGGCACCAGACGUGCAGGCAGCUUGUCAAGCUUCUCGAUGACACUCAGUGCAGCGUAGAUAUUUUUGAGAGGAACAAUGCAAAUGGGGCGUUGGAGUUGUUUUAUCUUGGCACCAAUCCACGUUACCAAGGCCGAGGGAUCGGCCGCCAAAUGGUAGAAAAGUGUAUCGAGUUCGGUCGAGGAUUGUUGAACGGUACAAUGAAGAGAACAUCGAUCGACGGUGACGUUCUAGAGCAGCACGUGCUCCCAGAGAUAAUUUUUGGUAUAUUUGCCUCUAACUACAGUCAACGAAUCGCAGACAAAUUGGGUUUCGAGGUUCUACAUGAGUUUCGGUACGAAGAUUACAGCUUUGCUGGCAGAAAAAUGUCCGAGAGGAUAGGAGACGUUCAUAGAACGGCCAGGUUGCAGGUUUUGAAACUUUAAAAAGAACUAAGACGUGCGAGAGAUAGGUUCUGUAGUGAGUUCUUUCAUGUUAUGCUGUUGCGACUGUAAUAUCUGG